GUCACUGAGACUGAUUUCCUGUGCGAGUUUGAAGGCAGACAGUAUGUGGAUGGAGAGAGAAUUUACCCCAGGGACAGGACCAAGACCUGCUUGUGCAACCAGGCAUUUGUUGAUGAGGGUGGUGUUGACAGUUCUGCUUGCAGGGCAGUAGAGUGUGGUUGGGAGUCCAAUUACCAACACAGGCUGGACAAUGGCUGCACCCCUGUGUACUUCAAUCAAGGAACGUGUCCCAUUGACUGGGUCUGCCCUGGAGACAAGGGAGAAAAAGUAGACUCACUGUCUUGGGAAAAACAUGGGGAAGAGAACAAAGCUAGCGAUGACACUGCAGCUGACGUAGUGCCUCAAGAAAGGCCAACUGCCAACAAUGUGUGCCUCCAGCCUAAACAAGCAGGUAAUUGUGAUGCACUGGUGCCCAGCUUUUAUUACAAUGCAUUCACAGGCAAGUGUGAGGAAUUCAAUUAUGGUGGCUGCCAGGGCAAUGAGAACAGAAUACUGCAUUGUAUUCACUCAAGUAAGGUUCACAUCCCUGUAAUUCGCUUGAAGGAUGAGAGCACUGAUGAUGUGCCAAAUAGCCCUCAAUUCGAAGCAAGGUGUACAUUGCAGCUCAAUAGAGGCAGGUGUUAUGCCUACAUGCCCAGAUACUUUUUCAACAUGGACAGCAAAAAGUGUGAAAAGUUCAUCUAUGGUGGAUGUCUUGGAAAUGGUAACAAUUUCCGCACAUUUGCUGUGUGCAACGCUGCUUGCAGUGGAACUGCAAAGGAAAAGGACCUGAUGAACAUUGUGGAGAAAGGGGAAGUAAUCCCUACAGCAAGGAUUGAGAAACUCAGUGAAGGAGAAGUUGAAGAAGACAUUUGUUCCUUGCCAGUGGAAAAGGGCAGGUGCAUGGGUUCAUUCAGAAGGUUCUACUAUGAUCCCCAGAAAGCAGCCUGUGUGGGUUUCUUUUUUGGUGGUUGCAAGGGCAAUGCCAACAAUUUCAUCUCAAUCCAGCAGUGCCUAGACAAAAAAUUUCAAAAAGCCUACAAUUUGUGCGUAUUUUUAAUGUCAAAUGCAGUAUCAAAACAUUCCAUAAAUUUAUCAGGAGUUUGCUACCAGCCUGUGCAACCUGGGCCAUGCAAAGCGAGCAUCAAAAGGUACUAUUAUGACCCCACCAACGGGUUCUGCAAGGAAUUCAAUUAUGGUGGAUGCAAGGGCAACAGGAACAAGUUCAGCAAAUUGCAAACCUGUGUCAAGGCCUGUUCGGGUCAGGAUAGGCCAGAUGCUCAGCAAGUGAAUCAAAGAAGGAAGACGGAAAUCAUCGAUCCGUGCUUGCAACCCGUGGUGAAGGGUCCUUGUCGAAUGUUUUUCAAGCAAUAUUUUUUCAGCGCACGGUCUGGGAAGUGUAGUUCGUUUUUCUAUGGAGGUUGUCUCGGAAAUGACAACAGGUUUCCGACAGAGGACGCUUGUGUGAAUGCUUGUGAAAAGCGACAGCUGGUGGUGAAAGGAAGUGAUGGAGAGCCACUACGAUGCAGUCUAGGCCAAGAAACCUUCAACCUGAGCUCUGGAUUUUUGCCGGAGUCCAACAAGUGCUACGAGUGCAGGUGCUCAACGCCACCUGAGCUUACUUGCCGCGAGAUGUCGCACGCUUGCCCAGCGUCACCAGGUCCUGACCAUUCCCCAUUAUACACAGCCGGCAAAUGUUGUCCGGAAUACGUGAAAAGCGACGUCACAAAGUGAUGACCUCCUCUUC